AACUCUGCACAGUAAACUCAUUUUUUGUAGAAAUAAAUUCUAUCACUGUAAAUGAAACAUAACACCUGACUGAAUUUUAUUAUAUAUGUACUAUACAUAUAGAUAUUAUUUGUGUCUGCAUGUUACUUGAGUAUACAGCUAUAGAAUAUACCAGGAGAGAAACCUAAGGAAGGGCAGAACAUCUAAGAGAGGGGGUCCUCCUCAUUGCAGUCAGAGCUGUAAGCUUAUUUCUGAAUGAAAGCUCAAGAGUGAUUUGGAAGAGGAAUAAACAAAUUGGAAACUUGCUCUCGAUCCACUUUUAAGCAGCUUCUGAGAAUCUAGGUACCUGUUACAUAGAUAAUAUCAGAGCUUUGAAUGGCAUGGGCAGAAAGUGAAGACAGCGAAUCACUGUGGGGGAUGAGCUGGUCUACGUCUCAGGAUGCCACUGUCCUUUUCUGACAUAGAAGUGUGUUUUCAUGGUAGUAGAAAGAUAGGCACGGGAACAGCUGAAAUUUUCAGGAUAAUGCCACAGGUUGUUAUACAUAUUGUGCUUUUGUUGAGAAGUGGUUUUCUUCAUAUUUUACUCAAGUAUAAACUGGCAGUUUUACAUUCUAGUAACCAGGAAAAAACCUUUACAGUCUUGAUGGUUAGGAGCCUGAACUUCCUUGGUCAGUUUCAGUCGGACUGGUUGCAACCAGACUGAGCAGGGAAAGAAAAGUGCACUGCUGAGCACAGCACAAACAUCACUAUCAAUUCUCAAGUGUCCUACACGAAGGCAGGGAUUUCUUGUGUGGGGUGAGGAUUAGUUUUUAUGAAGCAGCCGGGGAGCUCGGUUUUAACUUUCAGGGAGGAAGAAGUGCAGCAGAAGGUAGAGCAGAAGAAGCAGGUGGAGGCAACACUGUUUUCUGAACAUACAUGUGGCCUGCCAUGAUACCAAGGAGCUGCUGUGGCUAACUGUAUGGUAAGUUGCCUUUGGUAGUUGUGGAUGGAAUCAAAUAAAAACACCUCUGAAUACAGAUUAAUUUGGGAUCCUCUAUAAACAUUUUCAACACUUAUUUUCAAUGAGUCCAUCUAGCUACAAAAAUAAUAGAAUAUACAAAAAUUAUAUAAGAAAUAAAAAUCACAGAUAUUCAACAAGAUUAACAACACUGACAAAAUCCUGUUAGGCUGAACAUGUGGUGUAGUUUUUACAAAGGUAUUAAGUACGGUUUUGCAUUGAAUUUUUUUUUUUUUUUUUUUUUUUUUUUUUUUUUUUUUUUUUGGAAAGAAUGUCAGGUAUUAUACGAUGGGAAAUUUGAACUUCACUCUCAGAGAUAGGAGUUUUUCUCCUUUUGCUGCUGAUGCCUUACAGAUACCACUUUCUGAGACUAAGUCAUCAGAGCCACAGCAGAGAACACAAAAAACAAAUCAGCUUGAUCGGGCUUGUGUGGAAGGAAAUUGCAGUUUCCAUUCCAUUCCAUUCCAUUCCAUUCCAUUCCAUUCCAUUCCAUUCCAUUCCACUGAGACUGAAUUAAAACUAUCUUACUACAUACAACCGAUUUUCCCAACAUAACAACUAUUAGUAGCCUUAAGAUUUUCAACAACUUCUCUAACCUUUCUUCACUCCUCAUGCCUGCGAGGGAAUACUCUACUGGGAAGGAAAUACCUGUACUUACUUCCAGAUUUCCUUGCAUCCUCCUCUGAAAAGUCUGUCAUGGAUCAGUUCUGGACACAAGAUAUCAGACAAAACAGACCCACGGAAGGUUCUGUCAACCCGUGAGUUCUUGAUUGUAAUCUAAGCUAGGAAACAGAAGUCACACUAGAUUUACCACAAACCCUUCCUGGGACCCCGUCUGAGGAGUGUGAUAUUGUCUUACUCGUUCCGUAAGAGCAAACUUCAGGGCUGUGGGCAGAUCCCUGUCACAUAGAAUCAAGAUAUUUCCAGGACAGUUCACUCACUUUGAAAAAGGCAAAACAAUACCGAGAAAAGCAGAUGUAGCCAAUAAUUUAAUUUUCAUGUCACAUUAUCCAUCUCGAAGGUUUGUGGUUUUUUUCGUUUCGGGGUUUCGUGGUUUGUCCUCUUUUUUUUUGUGCACUUCAGAGAAACCGUUCCAGCAAUUAGAAAAAUAACGGCCGUGUUGAGACCAUGUGGAUGAAACAAGACACUGCGGAGCGAGCCAUGGGAGGUGGAUUUGGCCGGACUCCAGGACUCCAGGCGGGUGUGUGAGGAGGCCACGCCGCUUCCCUUCUGCAUUCCCGCCUUCUCCUGCGGCUUCUGGACAAAGAAGACCAGGAAAAAUCUCCAGUGCCACAAUCAUCCAUAGCGGAAGCGAGUGGAAAAGAAAAAAUAACCAAUGAACAAAAACCCCUCAUCCUUCUCUGAAAAGGAAGCGUAGUCCUUUCCAGCGACACAGCGUCACCAGUCUUUCGCUCUCACUUUCAGACGCCCAACUGGCGACACAGACACAAAUGACGUGAGCCAGGGGAGGAAGACACGCCCUCCCCAAACCCGGCGAAGCUGCCGGCGGGACUCUCCCACGUCCUCUCGCCCCGCCGGAGCUGCCCGCGCCCAUCGCCGUCCGCCCUGCGGCAGAAGCCGCCCGCCCUGCCCGCAUUGGCCGCGCUUCGCCCGCCCCGCCCGCCCCGGCAGGGCGGUGCUGGCCGCGCCUCGGGCCGGGUGGCGACGCAGCGGGUCGGGGCGCGUAGCGGAGCUGCUGAGUGCUCCCCGGCUCGGCGUUGCUUGCUCGAUAACGCCCAGCGCCGCCACGGACUCGUCUCCCCGACCGAGGCGAGAGAGUCACCGCUUGCAAGCCCAGCUGCUUGGCAGGGCGAAAGAGAGACAAACUAAACGCCAAGAACCCCCAGCCUCUGCUCCUGCCUGGUUUUAUUUUGUUUUAGCUUCUGUAAUUAUUUCGGGGGAAAAAAUAACAAAAAAAUUACAUAGCCGUGUUUUCAGCAAUUCGUGCCGCAUGUGCAGUUGUUUCCAGCACACCCUUGGUAAACAAAGGAAAAGGGGGAGUGGGCCCGCAUUUCGCAGAAGACAUGCGUUCUGUCAGGAAGCGGUGGACUGUGUGCACCAUAAGUCUCCUCCUCAUCUUCUACAAGACAAAAGAAAUAACGCGGACCGAGGAGCGACAGGAGGCACCUCUUGCCGGAGGUGGUGAACUGAGUUUGAGUAGAUCAAUGAACAAUAGCUCUGAUAAGAUAGUUCAAAAGGGUGGCUCAUCAAUCUUCCAACAUGCUGCAGAAGGCUGGAAAAUCAAUUCUUCUUUGGUAAUGGAAAUAAGGAAGAACAUUCUUCAGUUCUUGGAUGCUGAAAGAGAUGUCUCAGUGGUCAAAAGCAACUUCAAGCCAGGAGAUGUAAUUCAUUAUGUACUGGACAGACGUCGCACUCUAAAUGUUUCUCAGGAUUUGCACAGCCUUCUCCCUGAAGUUUCCCCAAUGAAAAAUCGCCGAUUUAAAACCUGUGCAGUUGUUGGGAAUUCUGGCAUCCUUCUGAAGAGUGGUUGUGGAACAGAGAUUGAUAGCCAUGACUUUGUAAUAAGGUGCAAUCUAGCUCCUGUGGUGGAGUUUGCUGCUGAUGUGGGAACUAAAUCUGAUUUUAUUACCAUGAACCCGUCAGUUGUACAAAGAGCAUUUGGAGGCUUUCGGAAUGAGAGUGACAGAGAAAAAUUUGUCCGUAGACUAUCCAUGCUGAAUGACAGUGUCCUCUGGAUCCCAGCUUUCAUGGUCAAAGGUGGAGAGAAGCAUGUGGAGUGGGUUAACGCUUUAAUCCUUAAGAAUAAAUUGAAAGUGCGAACCGCCUAUCCAUCACUGAGACUUAUUCAUGCCGUCAGAGGGGAUUUUACUGCUAUGAUUGUUAUUUUCCUCCCUGACUCAUUCUUCUUAGCUGUUGAUCAGAAAAUCUUCUGGGUUUGCCUUCAAUAUUUGCGGGAACAAAGGAUUUCUGGACAGCAAAUCAAUAUGAUUAUGCAAAAGCAAAUUUAUUGUUUACUUUUAACCCUACUAAUACAUUCUAAAACUACUAUUCAUGCAAUCACACAUUUUUUGAUUGGUGUAUCUUGUUCAUGUGCCCUGCGUGAGCCUUGCAGACAUGAAAAUUUCUUUAGCUUGCAGAAGAACAGGAGAAAGAGAUGUGUUUUCAGAAAGAAUAUUUUCUCAAGAGUUGCAAAGCAGUGGCAAGGGAUACUAACAGGUUAUUUCAACUUUCCUGAUCCCAUGAUGGAAUGAUUGCUAAAAACCCACUUUGAUCCCAGGCCUGUGAGGGAUUUCUAACUGUUCUCACUUUCAAAGGUUAGUAAGGUCAAAGUUUCCUUGCUUUCCAAGGUUAAUUAUGUAUUAAUACUCAGAGUAAAAGAAGGCCCAAAAACUCUUCCUUGAUUAACAUGGAGCAGUAAGUGGUAUCUCAUGUAUUAACAAGUAGGUGUAAAGUGAUUUAAAUAACAUGAAAUCCAAUGCAAAAUGAAAAUAACUGCUGAGAUAGGAUGGGCAAAAAAUCAGACUGCAGUUUUUACAAUAUAUGGAAAUAUUUCACAGCAUUUUUUCAGGCAAGAUCCAUACCAAAUGCUUUUCUUGUUUUUUUGUGAACUGAUUUAUUUGAAUAAAAUUUGAGAUAAAGCAUUGAAAUAAUUUGAGGGACAAAACCGAUUUUUUUUCAUGCGAUAUUUGGAAAGAAUGGGACAGAAAAGGAAAUUCAGAAACAUAAGGCUAAUAAAGUGAUAGGAAUUCAACAGUUUUAUAUGAGGACAGCUGGUCAUAAAAUUCUAGCAGUUUCUGGCCUUUUCCAUACUGCAGAUCAGUCUGUGAAAGUUGAUGCUCCAAGGGAAACAGGGUAACUGAAAGAAAAUUAUUCAUUAUUGAGCAAUAUUGCUUAAGAGGACAACUCAGACCACUAAUUCUAGUCACACUGAGGGAAAAGUCUGGCACAGUCACCAAGACUGAGAGUUAUCUGCCAAGAUACUGCUGCUAAAAAAACACACAGGAAAGAUUUUUAUUCAAAACUGGUAUCUGAGAUUCAUGUCUGUAUUCCAGAGAAGGAAGAAGAAAGCCUACACAGUAAAGAGUUAUCUUCACAACUGAGAACUUACAGAUGUAGUUUUUGUAGUACCAACUGCUAGGAUAAAUGCCUGGAAACAACUCUUAUGAAAUUCUGAAGCUUGUUAAAUUCAGUAAUAAAGACUUCUACAUAAUACUAUGAAUCCUUUCAUUCUCUGAAAUCUUGCUAUUCCUUUAUAAGAAAAACAAAAUUAAAAGCUCCUGUAAGUUCAAAGCAGAAAAAACUAUUUCUAUAUGUCUAAUUAUCAUGGAAUUGUUUGUCUUCAUAGUUUUGCAAGUGUGUGUACAGAGGACACUGAAUUUCUAGAAGAUAAGCACCUAGAUUUGCUUUUCCACAUCUGAAUGUUAAGGGAAGGAAGCUGAAAUAUUCCUGGUGAUAUCAAUCAUAGAAGCAUAGAAUGCUAGGUUGGAAGGGAACCUCAAGGAUGGUCUAGUCCAGCACUCCUCUUAAUAUUCUAUCUUAAAAUUUUACAGUGUUGCAGUAAUCAACCACUUCUCGGGGGAUAUACAAUGUCUGACUGUUCUAAUUGUGAAAAAUAUUCCUCUUAUGUCUAAUUGAAAUUUCCCUAAGAGUGACUUGCACUUAUUAUGCCUUGUGUUUUCCAUGUGACUCCACAUAAAAAAGAGUUUCCUCUUUCUUUGCAGUCAUCUUUUAAAUACUGAAAUACAGUCUUCUCUAAGCCUUUUUUACUCAAAGGUAAGCAAACUGGAGGUUCUCUCAAGCCUCUUGAGCUACCUCAGCUCAACCCAGCUCUCUUCUCGGCCUAGCCCUUUGAUCAUGUCUGUGGCCCUUCUUUGGACCUUUUCCAGCCUGUCCACAUCUUUUGGUAUAGUGGGGACUAGAACUGAGCACAGUAUUCCAUCUGUGGCUUGACCAGAAAGAUGCCUUUUUUAUCUCUGGUGGUCAUGCUCUUGUUGAUGCCCAGCAUCCCAUUGGUUUCCUUUCCUGCAUGAUCAUAGAGUUCGCUCAUAUGAGCUUGUUGCCCACCAGAUCCUUUCCACAGCCAGGUAGAUCCCAGCCUGUUCUGCACUCCUGGGUUAUAUUUUUCCAGGUGCAAUACCUCACACUUGUCUGGUUACGCUGCUCAUUCAGCCUAUCCAGGUCUUCUUGCAGGGUGGCUCCCUGCCAAAGUGUCCACUUCACCACUCAGUUUGGUAUUAUUGGCAAACUUUAUAAUGUUACACUUGAUCCCAACUUUCAGGUCACUUAGGAAGAUACUAAGCAAGAAAAGAUGACGAUAUUAAAAAUUAUUAUAUAUAUGAAGAUAUUAUGAAGAUAUAUAAAAAUAUGCAAAAGUGAAUUUUGCUAUCACAGUUCUUGCAUCUUGGAGGUGGUGAAAGAAUGAAAUAUUGCUGCUGUGAAACAAUGAAAUAUUGCAAAACCUUAUUAUAGAGACACCUAUUCAAGAAAAACUACGAAAAUUUACAUAUAUUUGAGCAUCCUUCAGUUCUGACACAAACACACGGAUUUCGCUGUGAGUAUUUAUUCCGGGCUUAGCUUCAUGUAAGUAAAACAAGUUCUCAGGUUCUUCUCAGUCUUGAAUGUUUGGUUGGAAAGAGAUGAGGUGAGAAAACUACUUUCCACACCUCAGACAGAGCUAAAAGCACAGAAAGAGAGCCAAGGCUCCUGGGGUGUGGAUGAUCUGCCACAUCGCUGCAAGCUAGGGAUUAGGGGUCCCUGAAAUAAACACAGGAAGAGGCAAUUCUAUGUGAGACAAUGCAUCACUCUGUGGGAGAUCCCUGCACUGUCAGAAGUCAGCACAGACUGCGCAGUUCUUGCAGGGUCCCAGACUUGUACCUUUUAGACAGUGUAAGAUAUCACACUUAGCUCUCUCACUGAAGCCCUAGUACCUGCUUAAUACCAGGCAAUGAGAAGAAGGCUUAGUGGAUAUUAACGUGUCAUGGAUCAGAGAACAGGGUAUAGAGACCCUAUAAAUAACUAUCGUCUCUUUGUGACUGCAGCUUAUCAGCAAACUGCUGGCAGUUGGUUGUAUGGUGGGGCCUCUUCGGCCCAGGUCACUUGUUCCUCUUCAUCAGCAAGAUCAAAAUCUUCACCUUUUGGCCAGUUUGUAAUUAUCUCCAAAAUCCCAGGGCGAUUCGGGUUGCCAAUACGGGCGCACUGCGUGAUGAGGGCAGUCCACUUGCUCCAUGUGGCAUCGGUGGCAUGGUAGGUAGAGGGAACCUUUCCUUUGAACAUCCACCCCAGCACUGGCAGUCAGGGUGCCAGGAGAAGUGGUGCUUCCGUGCCAAUCACCUCUGAAGCAGCUUGAACUCCUUCACAGGUAGCUAAGAUUUCCUUCUCUGUGGGAGUGUAAUUGACUUCGGACCCUCUGUAACUUCGGCUCCAGAAUCCCAGAGGUCAGCCUCGAGUCUCACCAGGCACCUUCUGCUAAAGGCUCCAGGACAGACCAGGUUCCCAGCUGCAGAGUAAAGCACAUUCUUUACCUGUGGUCCCAUCCUGACUGAGCCAAGGGCCACUGCAUGAGCGAUCUGCUUGAUCUGCUUGAUCUUCAGGGCGAAGGCUUCCUGCUGUUCAGGGCCUCAGUGGAAAUCGUUCUUCUUGUGGGUAACCAGGUAAAGAGGGCUAAAAAUCUGGCUGUACUCAGGGAUGUGCAUUCUCCAAAAGCCUAUGGUACCUAGGAAAGCUUGUGUUUCCUUCUUCUUCAUUGGUAGAGACAUUGCAGUGAUCUUAUUGAUGACCUCAGUGGGGAUCUGGCGCCGUCCAUCUUGCCACUUCACUCCCAGGAACUGGAUCUCGCGGGCAGGUCGUUUGACUUUGCUCCUUUUAAGGCAAAACCAGCUCCCAGCACUAUCUGGAUGAUCUUCUCUCCUUUCUCAAAUACCUCCAUUGCCGUGUUCCCCUAUACAAUGAUGUCAUUGUUGUACUGCAAAUGUUCUGGAGCCUCAUCCUUUUCCAAUGCAACCUGGAUCAGGCCAUGGCAGAUGGUGGGGCUGUGUUGGGGAGGGAAUAGGGCUAUGUUUCCACCCUUGGGGCAGUCAGUUCCAGGUGUACUGCAUGCCUCUCCAGGUGAAAGCAAACUGAGGCCUGCAUUCUGCUGCCAGAGGAAUGGAGAAAAACGCAUUGACAAUGUCAAUGGUGGCAUACCACCUUGCUGCCUUGGACUCCACCUCGUACUGCAGCUCCAGCAUGUCCGGCGUGGCAGCGCUCAGCGGUGGAGUCACUUCAUUCAAGGCACGAUAGUCCACAGUCAAUCUCCAUUCUCCAUCAGACCUGCGCACAGGACAGAUGGGGCUGUUGAAGGGUGAGUGGGCUUUGCUGACCACCCCUUGGCUCUCCAGUUCUCGGAUCAUCUUGUGGAUGGGGAUCACAGCAUCUCGAUUUGUCCGAUACUGCCAGCGGUGCACUGUCAAGGUGGCAAUUGGUAGCUGUUGCUCUGUCACCUUCAGGAGUCCCACUGCAGAUGGGUUUUCUGACAGUCCAGGCAAGGUGUUCAACUGCUUAAUAGUCUCUGCCACUACAGAAGCUAUUCCAAAAGCCCACCUGAACCCCUUUGGGUCUUUGUAGUAGCCAUUCCUGAGGAAGUUGAUGCCUAGAAUACGUGGAGCUUUUGGGCUGUUACAAUUGGAUGUUUGUACCAGCCCUUCCCUAUCAGGCUGACCUCAGCUUCCAGCAAGUCAAUUCCUGUGAACCCCCUGUCACCCCAACAAUAGAAACAGGUUCUUUCCCCAUCGUUCUGAUGGUAUUAUGGUACACUGUGAACCACUAACCACUAACACUCUAUGCUUCUGUGGCUCUGAUGUGCCAGGCCAUGGGAUCUACACCAUCCAAUAGAUCCUGUCAUCCCAUGCCUCUCCCUGGCUAGAGGCAGGGCCCCUCUAGCCCUGGUUAUUAUUUCUUUCCUGGGCAUACAUACUAGAGCUACCUUAAAGUGAGUCUGACAGAUUAUGUUCCCUUCUGUAAUAUCCUACACCUUGGUAAUGGGAGGUCGAGGCUACCUUCACUUUAGUAGAAUUCCCUUGAUUAGUGCUUCCCUCCCUGAGUUGAUGCACCCGUGCUGCCAGGACAGAAGUGGAUUUCUCAUCCCAUUUUUCCAUGUCUUCCCAUGGUCAUGCAGAAUGAACCACAGGUCAGCUCGUGAGGUGUACCUCUCUCCCUGGCUGUGGGGUGUUACACUCUAAAUUUGGGGCCUAUGACUCAUACUGGUGCUGCAUUGAUCUUCCUCAUCUGCUCCCUCAGUCCUCUCAUCUCAUCUUUAAACUCCUCCUUGAGUUCCUUAACCACAGCAGAGACAUGAGUCUGCAUUGGGCCAUUGACCACACUUCCAAAAUUUCUGAGCUUGUUUGCAACAGAACCCACUGCCUCUCAGUGGUUAUCAGCAUUAAUCAUUGCAAUAAAAGUGGUAUAUUGAGAUGGCCCCAGGUUUGCUAGAUUAUACAACAUCUGCCCUGUUGUGCACCUGACCUUGUCAGGGUCAUUGUCAUGCUAUCCAUCCUCCCAAAGAGUACCUCCAAUACUGCCACUUCUCUCUGUUGCUGGAUCCCUUCCUCAAGGGUCUUCCAGCACAUUGUACGGUGGUGCUCCUGCAUUCUCUCUCUGUGGACAAACCUCCCUCUCACACUCAUUAAAAGCUCUUCCCAGAGGGAAAGGGGGCCUGGCUCCCUUACAAAUACCUGAUCCACACCUGAGUCCUUGGUCAAGGGUCCCAAAUUCCUUGCCUCAGUACCAUCCAGUUGUACAUCUGUUCCCAUAAUGUCCCAGACCCAAAAUAACCAAGUUGUAAAAGCCUCACGACCCUGUCAUACAAUGUUUUUUCACAGAUUACAGAGACUUUCGUAUGAGAGGGACUCGGUAACGAUCUCAACCUCUGUCUCCCUUGCUGGUUGCAAGGGCCCUCCUUUCUAAUCCUUAUUAUCUAGGUGCUUUGUUUUCAUCUUAGAUUUUCUAGUUUCUACAGAGCCGACUGCUGCUGGCUGUGACUGCCUCUGCGGUUAAGCUGGAACUUGGACAGAUGUAACAUCUCUGGGUUUCACUGCAGCACCAUCAGACUCUCCCUCUUUAGGGCAGAGGGAGGGUUCCUCACUAGCUGGGGAAACGUACUGCUUUAGCAUCUAGCGCAUCUUCUCCUCCAUUACCCCCAUCCAAUCUGGGUAGUUUAUUUAUGAGGUGGGCUGUGGGGCAGGGUCAGACUCUGGGGAAGCAUUGCCAUUUCCUUGGGUAGAUAUCAGGUUUGUUAUCCAAGCCAACAUCCUCUUAUCUAUGAAUGCUAAACAGAACAGGCAUAUCAGCAAUACCAGCCAGUGUAUAUCAUUAGCAUUCAGAGGAGAUUUGAACCCUUCAAAAACUGGUGGGAUAGACCCAAAAAACUGGGUGAAGGGUUGGGAGGAAAUUUUCCCUGGUGUCAUUUCUUCACAGUAGGUGCCAUUAUUAAAGUAACCCUAAAAACAUACAGUUAGUGUCUUAUAGCCCUGAAUCCAUGUAUCUGGCUUCCAAAGGAAGUUAAAAAUUCAUUAAUUCCUCACCUUAUUAACCCAUAAAGCAAACUGGAUAACAGGCAUAGUAGCCAUAGUUAUAGGGCCCAUGUUUAGAUAAGGGACUGCAAAUGGGAAAAAUAUAAGCACGACCACGUGGCACUCGAACCAGGGUAAGCUGGACGCACAUGAUGCCACCUAAUGAGGUUUCUAUAUCCAGCUCACAAAAAUUAGGUUAUUAAAGAACUGUUAUCCCUUUUAUCUCUCGAUGCCCUCAAGCCGCACUUUGGGUGCCAAAAUCUUUCCUGGUUUAGAGGAUAGGUGUCUGCCAAGAAAGGCAGAAGCUUCUCUUUUAAAUGAAGAAUGUAACCCCCUCCCUCCAGAUUAUUAUAAUUUUGAAAUUAAGGGACUCUCAGGCAAAAAUAUGGGAAUAAAAAAUAACCGUUCCUUACUAGGAAAAUUAUUACAGAAAUACAAUAUUACAAAGAACAAUCCCAAAACCACUGACAGAAUCAAAAUACAGCCUGACACCCUGUCAGUCAGUGUUGGUAGCAGUCCGAUUCAAUGGUGGCUACAGUCCUCCUGCAGUGGCAGGUGUGGUUUAAUUGAAGCAGCGGUCCUGUAAAUGAGUGGAGUUUUCCUCUGAAAGUCCAGGGAUGAUGUGGAAAGGCCCAGCUUUCCUCUGGAAUCCAGUAGAAAGAUGGAAUUUUGCUGUCCAAAAUCUCAGUUUUUUAUCUGUGUAGGAAAGGCUUGUCUCCUCCCCCUAAUUGGAGCAUCUCCCAGUGGGAUGAUGUAAUUUUAUCAGUCAUACAGUGGGACUUAAUGGCUAAUUAGCGGAUGUUGUCCUCCUGGAGGGAGGAUGGGUUGUGGAAAAGAUAAAAAAUGAUUGCCCCACCUAGUUUUAAAGAUGGCCCAUUAGCAGAUAAUAUGUGCCAUGGAGACAAGGGUCUCUACCCCACCCGGCUUAAACAGAUGGUGAUAGAAUACACAAUUCUGGCCAUAUCAACCCAACACACCCCCAAACCAAAAUUCCAAGCUAGGUGCACUUGCUUUCUGAUUAUUCUCUUUUUGACAUAACAUGUGGAGCCCGAUGGGCCAGUAUGAACAGAAUUAGCCACUCUCCCUUGGAGAGAGGGCUCUUAGGCAUCCACUUUUUUGAUAUUAUGAAAACGAACUCCUCCCAUAAUGCCUGCCUGCUCUAUGCAAAAUAAUUUUAUCCUAUUGGUUCUUCCCCCUUUGUUCCUCCCCUGUACCCUCUGUAAACUGGGCUGAUGCUCUACCCCUCCCCUGAGCUUCCCUAUAUAAACCCCUAUCCCCCAACCUUUGUCAGAGUUUCUCAUCCCUGGCCCCCUUUGAGGAGGAGACCAAUAAACCUGCUCUUCGGAACCCCACACGUGGCUCACGUCCCUUCCUUCAGUGGUCGCCGAUCUCUAAAAGAGAUAAAUCACUUUCACCCGGAAGCGAGGACGUUGCCUGUGCCACCAGGAUGUCUUUCAAGACGCUUCUGUGGAAGGUCGCGGCACAUCAACACCUCCCUGCCGUGACAAUAACAUAUAACUAUAUAUUCUCAGUCUACAAGUCUAUUGUUUAUAACAUAUGUUAGCCCUUUACUCAGCAUGUGCAAAGAAAAGUCUGUGUUUCUGUGUGGCAAGUAGAAAAUGCACUUAGCUUCUCUAUGUGUUGAAGUUCUAGAAUAAGCAGUGGUUGUCUGGAGAGUAUUCAUAAAUACCUUACUAUAGUAUUUUAAAGUCAGGGUAAUUAAUCUCAUCAAAUAUUUACAGAGUAAAUUUAUACCCUUGAUUUAUAUAUGUUUGGUGUAUUUGGCUGCCUACUUCUUUGAUGCCCUUCUUUUCUGUUGUUUUGUAAAUCAGUCACUAACCAGUGAAUCAUUGAGCUAUUAACAAAGUCAGUGUCAAGGUAAGUAUGAUACAGAAGCAAUGCUAUUUCAUAACACUGCAAUGUAUAAUGCAGUCAGGUGAAAAGAAAAAAGGAAAUUUAUAGGACACUGUACAAUGCACUGAAAUCAAAAUGUCCCCAUUUACUGUGGAAAAGAAUGGAAAAGCAAAAUACUUCUUGAAUGUCUGAGUCUGUGUCUAUAAAAACUGGAGUGAAACUAUAGUACUCAUUCAUUCCUACUUCAAACCAAUACUGACUGCACAUAAUUCAUCUUUCAGCUAUUCCCAGGAAAAACAAACUUUUCAGAAAAAAAGAUAUUUUCAUACUUUGAAAUAUAAUGACCAAAUUAAUAGCUUGUCACUGUGCAAAAUACUGGGCCUGUACCAAUUUACACAAAAAGGUCUUUAAAAUGCAAAAUGCACCUGCUCAAGUGCUUUUGACUUCAAUCCACAUGUUGACAGAUAAGGUGCAUGCUGUUCAAGGGUGACUGAUUUUACAAACACACAGAAAGUAUUUUAAAUAUUGAAAUGAUCUUGGUUAUGCAGAACAUUACUUUAAUUGUUCCACAAGAAGAGCUCAGCUAUCCAGCUCCUGGGAGAUUGGGAGAAUUACAGUGAAACAUUUCAGUGACUGUUUUUCGCUGCUUUUAAACACAUGAGCAGUACCAAGGAAAUGGAUUGUAGAUAAAACUAAAGAACAUCUGCCAGGCAAUCAUCUCAGUGUGAUCACUUACAUACUUAGCAGCAAAGCCUUUGCAGGAACGUUUUCACCAAGUUGUCUUUCAACCAAUCUGUCUUCAACUUCUGUCUUGGCAAAUCCCAAUAUUAAAUCUGUGUGCAUGUGCUUAUCAGACAAGCAUCUCAUGUAAUCAUCUUCACAUAACACCAGCAUUACUAAUCUUUCAUAGAGCACUGUAUAUAGUUCUUUUAUUUUCUAAAUAAAGUUGACUUUAAAAUUUUUGAUUAAUUAUUAAAAACUACUUUUGCUAGGUCUUUUAGCCAUUUCCCUAGUUAAAUUGUACAUUGGGCAAAAUGAAACCCAACAAAAACCAAGUCCUAAAAUAAAAUAAAAUAAAAUAAAAUAAAAUAAAAUAAAAUAAAAUAAAAUAAAACAAAAUGGAACAAUGAGGUGCAUGGAUAGACUUUAGAACUAUAAUAAUUGUGGUACAAAAUAUGUUGUAAGAUUCAAAACAACUUAAAUUUUGUUGCCUCUCCACUAAUUGUGGCCUUUGUGAUUGUAUAGAAUAGCAUGUAUACCAAAACAGACAUUGCAUUUUCAGCAGCACAAACAAUAAGAUACAAUGCAAAUGGAAAAACCAAAGUUUCUCAAUUACCUUGCUAAAUCUGCAUAAACCCAUUUAAAACCUCAGCAUGAGCUUAGGUAUUGUAUACAUCCUGUGCUGAUCUUCUGCAAAUCUGUUAUUUAUAUUCAAUUAAACCUUAUCUUAUUGUCCCCUGAAAUAUUUUUAUUAAUUCAUACUUUUAAAUAAAUAACUUAUUUGUAUCUAUUUUGCCCUCUAUGAUGAGUGAAAUUUAAACUUAUUUCUGUACAUGAGUACACACAUUUCUGCUUGUUCCUGGCAGUGACCAUUAAAACCACACAGAAGCUAUCCUAACAAUCUGAAUGUAUUAUUUCAAAAUGUUGGGGGUUGGGUUUUUGUCCCCGUGUAAAGAAUUUUUCCCAUUAUCAUGCUAACGGAGCCUGCUGGGUUACACCCAGGAUCUUAUAACGACUCUAGACACGGGGGUAGGUGGGAGCGGGCUUCUGGGAGGGGCUACUCGUGUUUCCAGCGAGUUCGGAGGAGGGACCCCCCAUCUGCAGCACGCGGCCAGAACACAGGAGAGGCAGACCCUCUGCAAUCACCUGUUCUGCAUCUGCCCUGCUCCAGCCUCCUACCUCUGAGGAUACAGCUGACCACCGCAAACCAAACAGUGAGUGCGGAGCUGCUCUCCAGCCUGCUCCCACCUGAGACCAGCGCUCUAUCCCCCGCCCUCGCUCCCGCCUGCUCUCGCAGCUGUGCCGGCCCUGCCAUGUAUUACAUUACCAGGACUGAGUGCAGACAGAGUGUGUCUGCAGCUAAAGAAAGGACUGGAACUGAGUUAUCUGUCCUGUUUUGUUGGUAAUUUUAAUAACUGCUCUUGUUUCUGCUUGUACAGUUAGAUAUAUAUUAGUGAAAGAGCUGUUACACCGACCCCCUUAUCUCUGCCUUAGAGUCCUUGAUUCAAAAAUUAUAAUACUUGGAGGGAGCAGAAUUGAAUUCUCUAUUUCAAAGAAAAGCUUCUGCCUUUGUUGGCAGACACCUGUCCUUCAAACCAGGACACAAAAUUUACAGCCUAAAAAUUUUGAAACCUUACUUUAGAAAAACAAAUCAGGGAUAAAAUUUACUUUAAAAAAUUAAUUGUCUUGAUUUUAAUAUCCACGCAAAUGGAGCAAAAAUUGUCUGAGAAACUGAAAUAGCUAAUCUGAGAUUCACAUUCUUGGAAAUGGACGUUUAGAAAAAGAGAUAAAAUGAAAUCUUUCAUUCCUACUUCAGAUUUUUCCUCAGUUCACCUCCUCAGUAAAGCUAUUGAAGAUCUUUUUAGCUGACGACUGAGGAACUACUUAACAGCAUGUUGUUGUCUAACUAAAAGAGCCAUUGAUGAUUUAGAUGGAUGCUGUACUUUUAGUGUGCAGAAAGUUAUUGUUUUCUGGUGGUGAUUGGAAGAUAGAAUAAAGCAUCCUCCAAAUAUCCAGCAAAAGUUAGCAGAUGUUUAAAGGCUAAAGAAAUUAAAACCUCUUUUCAAGGAGUCCAGUACAAUAAAGAACCAUUUACUUGUUUGACCGCAUGACUAGGACACUUCAGUGCUAAAACAUACCAGACUUGUUUAUGUUAGAGUAUAUGACAUGCUUCUGUGAAACCACCCAUGGCAUGAAACUACAUGUAAAAAUUCCUCCUCCUGGGCUUUUUGAGAUUCAUUCUUGCAUUUAAUUGGAAAACGUGAUUUGUGACACUCCGUUAAAUGAAGUUUUAUAAAUUAGAUAUUUAGCUAGUAUAAUUAAGCAUUAUUCAGAAGGUCUAAAAAACCGGUUACCCAAGACCUUUUAAAACUGUCAAAAACAAUAUAAUUUAAAAUGCACUGUCUUCCAGCUGCUGUUGUAAAUGUAAUAGUCACACAGUUUAUAGAAGUAUGUUAUUAUUACUCAAUAAUUUAAGAGACAAAAUCAAAGUUAAAAUCUGACAUUUAAAAUGUAGCUUGAACAGGUACAAAGAAUUAAAAUUAUGACACCAGCCUAUAAAUGAAUAAUGCAAAGAAUUGGUAAUAUAUGAGACUAGUAUAAGAAAAAAGUGUUCAAUUUGACCUCAUUGUUGAAAACAAUCGUGGACAGGUACCUAAUAAGUUAUGUCUGUUCUGUAUUAGUAGAAAUACAUUCAGAUCAUAACACCUAAGUUAUUAAAAUGCCAUAUAAAUUCUCAGCAGUUAUUCAGCUAACAAAAAAAUACCAUAGGUUUCUCAGUUGAGAUGGACACAACACGACACUCUGCAGUUCAUGCAGCAACAGCAAAUUUUAUUGAGUGCAGUUCCUUUUCAUAUGGUUUUCAGAAACCCACACAGUUGAUCCUGAUUGGCUGAGUUUGGUUACCACCCAGUUCACUGGCCAAUGGCUGCCUGCCAUCCCUGCUCAUCAGGAGUUGGCUGGCGUUGUUGAAUUUAAAUUGAUUUUAAAUCUCCCAGGUGUUCAAUGCCUUUGUUCUAGGGAUGUUUACUCCUUUUCCCUAAAAGCAUAGACCGGUCAAGUUAUAAUCAGGAUUAUCUAUGACUGUGAGGCCUCCAGGCCAUCUGUUAGCCACCAUAGAUAGGAUUAUUUGAGUUAUUUUCAUUUUAUUAUAGCUUUUCUUUUGUGUCCUAUUAGACUCCAAAACCUGAAGAUCAAGCUGAUGCACAUCAAGAGGUGGACAGUCCUCAAGGAAAUAUGCUUCCUGGAAAGGUUGCGUCACUGAACUUGGUCAUCUGUCUGGAAAGGUUUUGGGGACAUCAAAACAUGGAAAUACAUGGUCUUUGGAUAAGUAUGAGCAUUGUUGAGUUAGUGACUUAUGGUAAGGAACUUAGGUUAAAACUGAAAAAGGGAAAAAAAUGUGUUUCAUAGACUUUUUCUGUAUUUAGUUAGCAGAAUAAGCCUAUAUUUAAGUCCGCUUCAGAUACCUUCCAGGUUUGAAAUUCUUUGCUAUUAGGAGAGAUUGCACCUGGUCCUGGAUACAGGCUUUAUCUGUGCAUAUGAAGGAUACAGUAAUAGAAUCACAGAACACUUUGAGCUGGAGGAUACUUGAACGUUCAUCUUGUUCACUGACCUGUCCUGGACAAGGACAUAUUUCUCUAUAUCAGGUUUUUUAUCCAUUUCUAAACUUGAACACCUCCACUGUUGUGACAUCAGCAACUUCUGGUGGAAAACUGUUCCAAUGUCUCACCAUCCUCCUUGUAAAAAAUUGUUCCUUAAAUCAAAUCUAAAUGUAUCCUCUUUUAACUUAAAAUCAUUGUACUCUCACUACAGGCCUUGGUAAAAAGUGUGGCUCUUUCUUAUAAGUCAAUUUCUCAAUUAUUGGAAGGUGCAAUAAAUUUGCCCCAAGUCUCCUCCAGGCUGCACAAUACCAGCUCUCAGUCUCUCUUCACAGGAGAGGUGUUUUUGCCCUCUGACCAUUUUUGUGGUUCCAGUCUGAACCCACUUUGUAAUAAGUCCAUGUCCUUCCUGUGCUGGGCCCCAGGGCUGGAGGCAGCUCUGCAGGUGGGGUCUCACCAGAGUAGGGCAGAGGGGCAGAAUCCCCUCCCUUCCCUGCUGCUCACAGGGCUCUGGAUGCAGCCCAGGACAUACUUGGCUGUCUGGGCUUGGAGUGCCCAUGGCUGGCUCAUGUCCAGCUCUCACCUUCAGCAGCCCCAAGUCCUUCUAGGCAGAGCUGCUCUUGAUCUGUUCAUCCCCAGCCUGGGCUGGCAUCAAGGAUUGCCCUGACCCAGGUGCAGCGCCAGCACCUGGCCUUGUUAAACAUCAGGAGAUUCCCAUGGGCCACUUCUCAAGCUUAUCCAAGUACCUCUCAAUGGCAUCCCAUCCUUCAGGACUGUCAACUGCACCACUCAGCUUGGUGUUGUCUGAGAACUUGGUGAGGGUGCGCUCGAUCCCUUUGUCUAUGUCAUUAAUGAAGAUAUUAAAUAGCAUGGUUCCUGAGUCUUGAGGGACACCAUUCAUUACUGCUAGUAGUUCAAGUUGGAAUUGAACCACUGACUGUAACUCUUUGGACAAGGCUGUCUAGACUAUGUCUCACCUGUCUCUCUGUUGGAGGUUAGGAUUUUUUCCUUUUUUACUUUCUCUCAUGGAAUUUCAUUCCAUUUGUUGCUAAGAGACAAUAACUACCAAUACAGAACAAAAGAUGUGGCUAGGAGGAGGAA